UGCUGGCUGGGGAGACACACAUUUUCCCUGUAUUUCUGCCUGACUGCGGGCUCGGCUCCAGCAAACCACCCCCACCCCCCCCUCUUGAGCAUCUCACGCGUGUUUUUACUCCCCCCCCUCCAGCCUAUGUCUCUCUCUUUGGGGUUUGUUGGCCAGUCUGCUUCCCGUGCUGUUGCUGAUGCUGAUUCUGUAGCAGUGGAGGUUUCUGACACUACACUGCAACGCUGCAACUGCUCUGCCUCGCUUCCACUCUCUCUGCCGUUCACCUCACGCUGCUGGAUGAUCACUGAGUCUGCCAGCAAAAGAGGACAAGAGGGGAGAGGAACACAGAGGCUCUUCAUGUAACUGCUGCAUUCUUCCGUCUGUCUGUUCCUCUCUGCUUUUCUGGGCUGCCGGUGUGCAGUGCAGAGGGAACAACUGGGCAGGCAACAGAGCUCUGUGAAGGAAUCUAUCCUUCUAUUUUUGCGCUUCCUCCCUCUGUUCAUUCCUGGGACAGAGUGCAGAAGAGGGAGGGACUGGGAACAGGACUUCAGGCUGCCCUCAGCUGCACAGCUCCAGUGUCCAGAUAGACACAUGAAUGACACAGGCAUAUUUACAUAGAUUAGACACAGCUGGGGCUGACCACACUGGCAGAAAAGGGGAUAGAUUGACAAAGACACAUUCUAUUAAUACAGAGAGACCGGCAAGACCACAGACUGACAGACAGGGGGUGUCAUGGCGUCAGUGGACAGCACCACUUUGAGUGUCUCUGGUCGGCUGAGAUCUGGGGAUCUACUUCAUGCUGGUCUAGCAGUCAUCCUGCUGCUUGGUGUAUGGAGUGUUGGGGGACUUGAGGUAUCUACAGGCAAAGUGUCUAGCGUCGAAGCAAUGAAUGGCUCCACAGUUUUGCUGCCCUGUACCUACUCCUCCUGUAUCGGCAUCAAGGAUCUCCAUUUCAACUGGCACUUCGACGACAAUGGAACCAUGGACAAGUUAUGUGAAGGAGAUAUCCCCAUGGAGGGUGUGGAGCCCCGGGUCAGUGUUUUCCAUGAUCGUGUGGAGUUUGUUGGAUCCUCAAAGACCAACAACAUCUCCAUACUGCUGUGGAACAUCACCUUUGACGAUCAGGGAAAGUACAUCUGUUUUGCCAAAAACCCAAAAGAGAAAAAUCGCAACCACAGUGCUGUCUUCACUCUUAGAGUGGUGGACCAAAUGAGGGAGAUUGACAACACUCUGACAGUCCUCAUAGUCUCAGUGCUGGGUGGAGUCAUUGGCUUAACGAUCAUUAUCAUGGUGAUAAAGGCCUUGGUUGUUCGCUUCCUGCUGAAGGAUGAUGAGAAAAAUAAAGAGUGUUUGGUGAGCUCAGGGAAUGACAACACAGAAAAUGGACUUUCAGGAGCCAAAGCAGAAAACAAAGGGACACCAAAGGCCUGAGCAAAAUGUCAAGUAUGUCUGUAUGUCUGUAUAUAUGUUAGACAAACUUAAAUGCUCAGAGGAGAUGCUGUUAUCAGUGGACUGUUUUAUCUUACUAGUGGCUAAAUAAUACAACACGUUAAUGUCUCUUUAAAUUCAUGCUUGUUAUUUGGAGAAGUGUGCACAGGCCUGGAUUACUUCCUCACCUACACGACAGCCCAUUUGCUCCACAGCGUCUGUUGCAAAUUCCUCUCUAGAUUUUACUGAGUCUCCCACUUAUUCUACAGACUGAGAUAAAACAGUUUUUUUUCCCCGCAACAUUAUAUCCACGAGUGAACAAAGUUUAACCCUCACUCAGCACCAAUUCAUGUUCACAAAUAAGCCCAAACCUGAGGUGCAUUCAUACAUUUAAGCCAACAUCAUUUGGUCAUGAUCAAAUAAAAUGAAUUCCAAUAAAAAACUAAAUGAUUUACUGUACAUAUAAAACUAUUAAUACAUUUUAUAAAGCUAUAUUAAGCCAUAUUAAGUUAAGGCCAUACUGUAUAUUGUUUUUCUUGAGCUAUUUAAAAAUAUUUUCCCAUAGUUCUCCAUGGUUUUCCAUACUUUUUUGUCCUGAUCUACCUCCUGAGUGGAUAUGAUCAAAUCUGCACUUGAAUUGUACUGCUGGUUAAACCAAGGUGUAAUGCUAAAACUACACAUUUGACUUCAACUACUAUUCCGUUUCAAAGGUUUCAAAGUUUGAAACUUAAUUCAUGAACUCCAUCUGAGGCUGACAACUGGGCUUUCGUAGGUGAAUAAUGGAUCCAGGUCUGCACAGGUUUUAUUGUAUUGCUUUAGAUGAACCAACACAGGUGCCUGUUCUGCUUCAACUCCCUCUGCUGGUGAGAGGAUAAAAACACAGAAAAUGUAUAUAUAUAUAAAAAAAAAACUCAUCAAAGACAAUCCUAGUCUACCCAGCUCCCAAUAGAAAGGAAUGAACUAAAUCAUGCUGCUUCUAAUAACCAAUGCAUUUUUAGCAUGUGCGCAUUUUAUAUAACAGCAUAUAAAGUAUAUAUUGUCUUCUACCACAGUACAGAAACAUUCACUUGUCUCUGUAUGUUCCCAUUCAACCCUUCACAUCAAACUCAACUGAAUGAAAACCCUGUAAAACACAGAUAAGCGCCUCCAACCACUGCUACAAAUGUUCUUACCAAGGUCAGGUAUAUGAAAUGUCCCUCUUUCGCAUUUGUAAAGAACUCUGCAGUUUGUCUAAAUUUAAAUUUUACAAUGCAACCCAUGGAGUGAUACACUGGAAGUGGGAAGAGCAGGUCCACGAACACGGCCUCUGUAAUACUCGCCGCACCAUGUUGGGACAGAUCACUACAAAAAGAAUGUAAUGACUCUGUCAGGGAAUGCAUCUUAUAUUUUGUCCAAAUAAAAAAGUACAUAUAUAUAUAUUUUAUUUCAUUACAAAAUAAUAUCAAAUGUCUUAAUGUUAUUAUAAGAUGACUGAAUGAAUAGUCCAGUAGGCCAGAUCUGUGCUACUCUACAUCUCUACACUCAAUUCAAUUGAAUUGAUUUGUGAUUUGUACUUAGAACCACGCACUACAUGAGUAUUCAAGAGUUUGGAGGAAGCUCAGAGUUGAACAUAUGACACAUGCGUAUACACACAUAAAUUUAAACUCUGGAACAUGCUGAAAUUAUACAACUCGCAUAAUUGAAGAAGAAGUGACCCCAUUUUGUUUAAGAAACUAAAAAAAUAGAGUCAACAAAGUCUUUAUAAUAUCUAAUAUAAAUAUUCUAAUCCUAAGGGAAGUCAACAUGGACAAAUAAUAAUUUGCCAACUGGUAACUAGAACCUCUUCAUGACUCUCGGUGCGAGAGGUCACUUCUGUGGAGCUGGCGGGCGUAACCUGUUACACCCACAUGCACAGCCUGCAUAGCCAUGACAGCUGAAUGCUACACACAGACAUCGGCACACACGUAUGCCGACAUACUUCGAGCCACUUUGAUACCGGAGUGUAGUCCACUGGCCUUGCAUUGCAAACAAUACAGCACUUUACCACUGUUCAGAGUGGCUGCACAAAACGGGGGAAAUAAAGUACGAGGAAAAUCUCCACAGUCCACCUGGUUAUUCCUCUUAGCCGAAACCAACAUUUUGUUUGUCAUGUUGAACUGACGACGACAUUGUGUCACAAUGGUUAUGGCAUUGACUGACGGCGCGUUGUCUUAUUGGAAACAGAGCUCUAUGGCAAGAUUGUAUCUUAUUUUUCUACUUGUUCACUUAUGUUCGCUUGCUGCUCUCUAAUACUGGAGUGCAUUUCCCUUCUUGCUUUCAAUGGAAGCAAUAAGACAGACAUCAGAUUAUGCAAUAAACUGUUUUCAAGGCACUUUAUAGUAGAUGUGUCUGGACAUGUGAUAGCAACUCCUGUCUGUCCAAGGUACUGUUCAUGUGUCGCUACACCGUAUCUAAUGUAUCUCAGCUGGACUAAUGCAUUGACAUUAGGUUCAUGUAUCUACAUUAGAAGGAUUUAACUGCAUUGGAUCAAUGAUUAUUAGAUCCCUUUUACACAUAGUUUAAAAAUCCCUGCAUAGAUGGAGUGUAUAAGAAGUGCUAGAACUCAAAGUGACAUUAUAAAAACCUCAUCUCCUUUUUCUUCAUUUAGGAAAGCUAUAUACAUUUCUGAUUGCGUCAUACUAUAAACAGAGAUGCAAAAUCUAGUGGAACAAAAGCCACAAAAAAAUCACCUACAAAAUGCCAUGCAAAAAUACUCUGUCACUGGUGUUUAUUCAUUUAACAGUAACCAGUGCUGCAGCUUUUGGGAACAUUAUCAGAUUCCCAAAAGGUGGGGUUUGCCAUUGCUGGAAAGAUACUUGGAUUCACUAUAAUACAGGCUCAACAUAAUGUGUCUCUAACUUCCUCCUGAUUUGGUUUACAACAUAUUUGGAAUUAGGACAAACAUUUGCGAUCUGUAUCGUCUGCAAUUUAAGUGUUCACCAUUUCUCCAUUGGGAAUUUAUUGCUGGGUGUAAAUGGGAUCAGGUCUGAUGUAUGUGGAACUGAAGUAGUGAUUGAUUUGUGACGUACUGUAAGUACUUCAGGAAUCUGCACUGACUGUACAAAGUUUCCUUGUUGUGUUGCAAAACUGAAUGUUAUGGUUGUAAGGAUGCACCACACACACACACACACACACACACACACACACACACACACACACACACAUUUUACACAUCUCUCUGUUAAGAGAGGAUAGAGUCUUCCUGAGGGAAACACCACUGUGGUUGAUCUAUCUGUUGGUGUACUGUUACUUACUCUUCCAUACCUUUAACUUAUAGCAUAACAUUUCGGUGGUUUCAUGUAGGGAUUGUGAUGCAUAUUGUGUAUAUUUGUGGCCACUGUUCCAAUUGUGCCCCCCCCCUUUUUCUUUCCUGUGAUCUCUAACUUGAGUUCUAUGUUCUCUAGAGUGAGGCCUGUUAAUCUGCCUUUCAGUUUGUGAAUACCGUCUGUUAUUGCUGACUUGCUCUGUCAAUAUGGAUUUUUAUUAUUAUUGCAAUAUAGACACAGGCUUGUGUCAAACAGGAGAGGUAUAACUAGCUGUGGAAGGCCAGCCUUCGUGCAAUUUUCACUUGGUAUUAAACCGCCAGCGAUAAUGGCUUCCUCCAUGAAGUGCAUAUCCUAAACCCUUGUAUGAGUUGAUGUCAGCAAGCUGCUUGCAGGGUUUGCUGCAGUACAGACUCUGCCGGUACAGUGUAACAUGAUCCUCUGCAGUGGUGCAACACAUUAGAGUCAAUACAACACUAUUGCCACCUAGUGGUAGAGGCCUAACACAUCUAGGCUUGUCAAGCAGAAGCUGAUGUGACCCACGAUGAGAUUAUUACUUUUCAUUCAGAUUGUGAGGGUUGCACAUUGAAAAAUAGUGUCACUAAUAACUAAGGCUGUAACUAUAUAAUUUGGUUAUAAUUAGUCUUGAAAAUAUUGCUACUCGUGUUACAUAGUGCUACUAGUUAGUUUGUUACUACUCAUAUGUAGUCCCUGCUUUAUCUAUAGGGGAGUAAGGGGUGACACAUACUUUACAAGUUUACAUAAAAUGCAUUAGAGAAAAUUUAACAAUUUGGCCCCAACUGGCAUCUAUAGUGAGCUUUGAAUAGGUGCAUAUAUUCAUUCCUAGUGUCACAUUCUUCACUUAAAUAACAAAGUGUUUGGAGUUCUGACUGACCACUACGGUUCUUUUAGAGUUGAUAUUGCUCUUACUGCCAGAGCGGCUGAAACUCAUACUGCCAGUCCAAGAGUCUCAUGUCUGCUGUUUUUACAACACUGUUACAAUGACUCACAACUCACUUUGUACACCACAGACGAAUAUUCCGUUACAGUCUUCCACUGUACCGACGACUAAAAAUGUGUAUGAUAUCAAACGAUAUCACUGUGUUUCUGGCGGCUGAAACUCACACUGCCAUGUCAAGAGUCUGACUUCUGCCCUUUGCUUCCCACAUUCCACACGGAUCAAAAGAUUAAACCACUGUUGUAAUGUUUGUCUAGCAAAAAAAAGGUACAUUUUACUACAGUCCUGAGGCAAAGAGAUAAUUAAUAUGCUAUGUUUCCAUAGCAAACAACAGACAAUAAAUGAUUGCCAAACUAUGAUGCAUGUUGUGUGUCAGUAUCAAAUCACUUGCCCAAAAAUCUGCCUUUAUAUAAUCCUGACCCCAUAUACCAAGGCUCGCUAUAGAGAUUUCAAAUACAAGCACAGGCUGACACUUACCUUUCCACAUUUUUCUCAUAGCAGUCCUGUAUUUUGAACAAUUUUCACAGUAUUUUAUAUCCAGUAGCUGAAACACAUUUUUAUCUACACUUCAUCUUAAGCUCUCUAACUCCACUGACAAAAUAAUAAUAAUAACACUUUAUAGUCAAUCUCAACCUUACAGCAAAUCUCCAGUCUUGCUUCUAAAUUAAAACACAUUAACAGACACACACACACACACACAAGAAAAAAAAAUCUGCAACCCAGUUUUUCCUGGGUCAAUAUUUCUCUGAAUGUUCAGCUGUUUGUCUGUGUUUGUGACCAUGUUGCUCAUGCUCCCUUCAUGACUAUGCACCUCAACCUUUUGACUUGUUAAAAAAGAAUACAUACUGAAAAUAAAAAGCUGAUUGAAAUCCCCA